UGCACUAAAUAAACGGAAUUUUUUUGAUGCGAUGCCAAAAGUUCAGCAUAUUAAAUUUAAGUUUUACUAUAGUCUCGGCAUCCUUGUACUGAUUUUUAAAUAAUACUUGGUACAUAUUCAUUAAAGGAAGCAGGAUGUGCGCAUGUGGAAAAAAUGGAAAUUGUAAUGGGACAUCAACAACUUGCAAUUGUGACAACAACGACUUUAAGUGGAGACAAGAUGAUGGGUAUCUGACAAAGAAGGAUACUCUACCAGUAACUCAAUUGAAUUUUGGAGAUGUUUUAGGAAUAGAAGAAAGAGGUUAUUUCACUCUGGGAAAACUUGAAUGCAAGGGGAAAGCAAGCAUUUCAACCUGUGCUGGUCUGAAAGAAAGUGGAAAUCCGACAGGGUAUUAUGAAAUUACUCCAAGCUCAACCGUUGAACCUUUUUCAGUUUAUUGUGACAUGGAUUCGUAUCCAGGAACAGGAAUAACCGAGAUCGACCACGAUAGCUCGAGUGGAUAUCUUGAAUACUAUGACAGUUCUUACAACAAAAAUAUACAAGUUGAUUAUGACGUAUCAAUGGAUCAAAUCAUUGCCGUGAUGAAUGUUUCACAAUAUUGUGAACAAUACAUUGAAUGGCGUUGUUCCAGAACCAGGAUGUUAUACAAUGGCAAAAACUGGUGGCUGUCACGUGAUGGAGACAAAAUGAACUACUGGGGAGGAGCUGCUCCAGGGCAUGAUGGAUAUUGUGGGUGCGGAGAAACUGGAUCAUGUCUGCCCGGAAGUAGUUAUUAUUACAAAUGCAAUUGCGACUACAUCAGUAAGAGUGACAGCACUUACCGUGUUGAUGGAGGAUAUCUAUACGAUAAAAGUACUCUGCCUGUGACUGGCAUGACAUUUUCAUUAGAUUACUAUACAUAUGACUACGACUACUAUUACGGUUAUACUUAUUAUUACUCGAAAGGAUACUACAAACUUGGAAAACUUAGAUGCUAUUAAACCAACAAACCGGCGUGGAUAUGUCUUAAUGCUCAGUGCUUUUGUUUGUGUUGAAUGUUGAGGUAAAAAAUAUAAUAAACCUGAGCUCUAUACAAUUUGGAUAUUUGUUGUUGAGUACUGAAAAAUAUCUCGGGUACACGAAACUAUAAAACCGAUAGUCAUCAUAUUCUGGGAGUUAGGCUACUAAUUGAAAACAAUUGAUGUUCAAAUAUUUAGAUACCAAGGUUCAAUGCCUAAAAGCAAUAAUAGCCUAUUCCGCCGACAUACGAAUAUGAUGGUUCACAUCAAAUUUAAUCCAACCGCCGUGAGGCCAUAGUGGA